CUGGUAGUUUACUGGCAAUUCCGCACCACGUCUCUUCCUCUUCCAAAGAAAAUCCUCAUUUGAAUCUUUCCGCGAAGAUGCCUACUGCAACCACGACACUACACCUACCGUCCGCCGAGGCACUCACCGCAGCAGCCUGCUACCUCCUACGUCUCACCCAGUUCUCAAGCCUCAGCAUAUCAUGCUUCAGUGUCUGCUACCUCAUCUGGAUGCACAGCCACCACUUCUGCGCCUACUGGUCAUGCAACGACCCCGGUCAGGAAGCGGCGUUAGUUCCUUUGGGUGAAGUCAUCUAUGUCGUAUCUUGCGUCCUGAUUGCCCUAGAAUGGAUCUACACCACCUCCUCAUCCCUUCUCACCCUAUCCAAUGGAAAGAGGCCGGAUGUCUUCACUCAGCUGUGCUCUACCUGGAUGAGCGUCAUGAUUCUCGCCAUCGGAUUAGGGAUUCUCACCUCCAUUUCGACAGUGCGACAAACAUGGCCGUUUUGUAACGGGACAGGGGUCACACGGUUCAGUUCUCAUUAUCCCCCUGAGAUCAACAGCUGCAUCGUUACGCAGAGUGCGGUUACUACGGGGCUGAUAACAAUGGUAUGCUCGUUGCUGUUGGCCAUGUUGGCUGUUUGGGAAACCAAGAAGGAUCUGAGGACUGGGCGGAUACGCUUGCCGUUUUCCAUUGGGCAGGAUGAAGAACGUGUUGGUGGGCAUGAAGGGGUGAUGGGCAGUGACAAUGAGGAAGGAGUCCCAAUUUCUGAAUAGUGGGGAAUAACUUCGGUUUUGUUUGGCCAUAUCCGACAAUACCUCACCGGAGUCCGACAGGGCAACGAAUGUUUCAUCAUUUAAUAAUACUAGAGCUCAAUCAUAAACAUGGCCAUCUGUCCGUUCAUUU